AUGUCUGAUCAAGACAGUAAUCAGAGCAAAUACAGUAAACUGCGAAGUGUCUACAAGUAUUACAUUGAUUCAUAUGAUGCGUUAUAUCAGCUGAAAACGGAAAAAGAAGAAGAUUUAAACUCGAUUUACAAAAUGAUCAAAACGAAUUUGAUUGAUUCAAAGAAAUGCCUUCCCCAAAUUAUAACAAAAGAUAUUUUGGAUAUCAUUCCGUAUAAUAAUCGCUAUACAAAGUCAUAUUUAUAUCUUGCCAAACUCGUAUCAGAUGAUUAUCAAAUCAAAGAGAUCGGCAAUGUUGAACUUGUUUCAAACUUUUUGUUUUACAAAGAAUAUGGCAUUGAAUUAGACAAGUCUGUUAAUUUCGAAAUUAUUAAAUCAGAAAAUCUCGACAUUCUUAAAGAAAAUACAAUUUACAAAGCAAUUAUGAAUAAUGACUUAGAAGUAUUCAUUUCAUUCACUGAAAGAGAAGGAUUUGCUGAAAAUCAAAAACUUCAAAGUAGUUUAUACCCAUGUUCUGAAGAAGGAUUUUCAUUACUUGAAUUAUGUUGUUACCAUGGAGCAGUUGAUUGUUUCAAGUUCUUAAGAACUAAAUUUAACUCAGAAAUAACAAAAAGAUGUCUAACAUUUUCAUUUUUGGGAAGAAAUCAUGAGAUAAUGAGUGAAUGUUUGAAACAUUAUGAACCAGAUAAAGAAUGCAUGAAAUAUGCAAUUAUUUCACAUAACAUUGAUUUUGUAACAUUCUUAGUGAAUGAGUAUAUCAUAAGUAUCGACUUGCACGCUUGCGGAAAAUAUAAUAAUCUUGAUUCAUUUUUAGUUUUUUACGAUCAAACUAAUCUUUUAGUCAGCUGCUUGGUUUUUUCACCGAUGUUUAAUAUUCCAUCCCUAUGCGAAUAUUUCCUUUCAUUAGGUGUAGAUAUCAAUAAAAAACUUUUAAAUGGAAAAACCGCUCUUCAUAUUGCAGCACGUUAUAAUAGUAAAGAAACAGCCGAAUUUCUUAUAUCACAUUAUGCAAAUAUCAAUGAAAAAGAUAAAGAUGGAGAAACCGCUCUUCACGAUGCAGCAAGUCAUAAUAGUAAAAAAACAGCCGAAUUUCUUAUUUCACAUGGUAUUAACAUCAAUGAAAAAAAUAAUGAUGGAGAAACCGCUCUUCAUAGAGCAGCAAAUUUUGAUAGUAAAGAAACAGCCGAACUUCUUAUUUCACAUGGCAUUAAUAUUAAUGAAAAAAAAAAAUAA